CUCUUUCUUUCUUUCUUUCUUUCUUUCUUUCUUUCUUUCUUUCUUUUUUACCUUGAGGACCUACGAGCAUGCCAAAGAUGGUCUGGGUUGCUAGUGUUUUCUUGCUUCGUGGCUGUUUUCCUCGUGGAUAAAACGUUCAGUUAUUUACUAAGUAUUUUUGGCUCUCCUCAGCGAAGCAGCCGGCGAGGAGGUUCUAUGUCAGUGGAAUCUGCGCACAAUGGACUCAGACCCCCACCCCGUCACCUCCCCCUGUCCGCCUGUAGCACCAGCCUGUGAACCCCUCUGCGAGAGCUCUGGUUUUUACUGACCACCCCCCCCCCCCAACUACCCCACACCAUCAUCCAUCCACGCAGGUCCUCGCGCACAGUGGCCUCCCUUACGGUUCUCUUAAGAAACAACAUAAACACCAGCGCUACACUCGGAAUCCACCGCACCGCAACUCCUCCUUGUUCACCUCUCUUCCUCCUCUCCUUAUUUGUCAGCCACCCCCUGCGCGGACACACACGCCCCCUCCCCUUCUGAGCUCUCGCUCUCGUACGUACAGCGGCGUGGUUACCAUGGCAGUGGUUAAAACACGGUUAUUCUCCUGCUCUCGGCGUAUGAUGUUCACUCAGCAUGUCGGUUGCGCGCCGGCUGAGCGCUGAUUGGCUCUCCCGUUUGUAACUCCGGCGUGUGCUCUGUCCCGGGAUGAGACUUUUACCAUCAGCUGUGAGGCGAAGCUGUGAGAAGCUCUCGGGGACGCGUCGCACACCUGCGGCUGGGUGGAAAUAGAUGGAGGCGACUCGCACUCCGCCGAUUGCUUCACCUCCUCUCGUGGCUCACGGGGGAGCGCGCUUGUAAGCUGAUUUGACCGGUCGAUGUGAAUGCCUCUCCGGGAUUAGAGGGCUAUUUGGGUGAACCACGAUGUCCCGCGGCUUGGGCCAGCACUCACGGUUAUUGUUCAUGCGCCGGCGAACGCACGGUGUCCGGUCUCCCCCGGUUCAUCUCCAGUAGCCGUACAGCUCUGCUUCCCGUGUCUCCUCGCUGCUUGGCUCCGGUCUCCUACCCGGUGUGGACAGAAUAAUAUGACUUCCUGGCUACGCACAUACGACAGCGCCUGUCUGUGCCUCCUGCUCUGCUGUUUGGUGGUCGCUUUCAGCGGAGAAUCCUUCAGUGCCGGUGACAGCGUGUGUCGGUCUCCUGGCGUCACCUCUUGUACAGACUGCCUCAGCCGUGGGCCACAGUGCGCCUGGUGUUUCAAAGAGGACUUUCUAGAUGGGGCGGGGCUAAGUCAGCGCUGUGACUUGCCAGUUAACCUGCUCAGGAGGGGCUGUGCACUGGAGUUCAUGGAGCAGUCAGAGGUUACGGUGGAGGUCAACGCCACCAUCAGCAGCACACAAGUUUCCCCAAGAGACAUCAGCAUCACCCUCAGACCAGGUUCAGCAGCCAGUUUCGUAGUGUCGGUGAAGCAGCUGGAGCGUUAUCCCGUGGACCUGUACUACCUGGUGGAUGUAUCGGCUUCUAUGCAGGAAAACCUUGAUCAACUGAAGACAGUGGGUGUAGCUCUGUCCCUUCGUAUGACGGAGCACUCCUCAGACCUUUGGCUGGGUUUUGGCUCAUUUGUGGACAAGCCCGUUUCUCCUUACAUCAACGUUCAUCCUUCGAAGAUCCACAAUCCCUGCAGUGAUUUUGAAAUACGCUGUCGACCAGCCCACGGCUUCCACCAUGUCCUUAGCAUGACAAGCAAUAUGAGCGAGUUUACGCGGGUGAUCAAGCGCCAGCGCAUCUCUGGUAACAUGGACACACCUGAAGGAGGACUAGAUGCCAUGCUGCAAGCUGCAGUCUGCAAGAGGGCUGUUGGUUGGAGACCAGAGGCAAAGCGUCUGUUGCUCCUGAUGACCGACCAGCCUUCUCACCUCGCCCUGGAUAGCCGGCUGGCAGGGAUCGUCGUGCCACACGAUGGCCUGUGUCACCUGGAGGACAACGUCUACAAAGGCAGCACCAGGAUGGACCAUCCCAGUUUGGGUCAGUUGUCUGAUAAGCUCCUUGAAAACCAUAUCUACUCCAUCUUUGCUGUGGAAAAGCAGCAAUACCAGUGGUAUGAGGAGCUGAUGCAUCUGCUACCUGGCUCCUACCUGGGAAAAUUAGGCCUCUUCCAGGCUCCGAAUCUCAUAGAUCUGGUGGUGGAUGCAUACAAGAGGUUGUUAUCAGAGGUGGUGGUGUCCGUGUCGGUGGAGGACAAGGCGGUCAGCAGGUACUGGGUGUCUGUAACUCCUCUCUGCCCCGAUGGAUCCACUGCUGCAGAGCACAGUUGCACAGGGGUGCAGCCCGACCAGACGGUCUACUUCAAUAUCACAAUUGGCCAGCACUCCUGUCCUGAUGACGGUAAAGAUGAAGAUGUGACAGUCAUGGUCCGUCCCGUUGGUUACAACGAAUCCACUGUUGUGAGGAUCCGCUCUAAAUGUCAGUGCACAUGUGGACCGGCGGGACAAUGCCGUGAUGCCAACGCGUCACCAUGCAAACAGACCCAAAAUGGCAACAAUCAGGAGGAGAGGCCGAACUACGGGAUGAUUAAGGACUCGGAUUCAAACAAGAACUGCAAAGCAGAUGGGUCUGAUGUGGUCUGCAGUGGCCGCGGAGUGUGCGAAUGUGGGAAGUGUGUUUGUGAGCAGAGCAGGCUCGGUGCAGUGUACGGGAAAUACUGCGAAUUAGACGACUUCUCCUGCCCUUACGAAGGAGGGCUGUUGUGUGGAAGUCGGGGUGUGUGUGUGCUAGGUGAAUGUGUGUGUGAGGAUGGAUGGACAGGCGAUAGCUGCAACUGUCCCGUCUCCACAGCAACCUGCCAGUCAUCAAAUGGCUUGCUUUGCAGCGGGAGAGGGAAGUGUGUGUGUGGUAAGUGUGUGUGCGACGACCCCCAACACUCCGGAGACUUCUGCGAGCGUUGCCCUGCAUGCCAAAGCACCUGCCAAUCAUACUGGACGUGUGUGGGCUGCCACCUUUCUCAUGGUCUGACCCAGAAAGAGGCGGGACAGUGCAACCACACCUGUGCACCGCUGGUCGGCUACAUGGAUGAUGUGUCAGGUCAAGCAGGGGAGACGUGGAUUCACUGCAUGUACAUCAGUAACGACAGCUGUCGCAACAGCUAUCGCUUUCAGACCAGCUCGAAGUCUGGUCAGGCUCAGCUCCUUAUUAGUACAAGACCAGACUGUGUCAGCAGCAGCCUCCGGCUGGUGAGAACUUUCUUGAGCGUGUGCGCCCUGACCGUGUUGUGCGGGCUGGUGGUUGUGGCCGUGUCCCGGCUGUUGCUGCAGAAGAGGCAGUGGUCACCAGGGGGCACUGUUGAAGAUGCAGGGUACCAUUGCACUGGAAAGGAUCUGUCAUACAUUCCUACAACCAAUGAGAAGACUGUCACCUACAGGAGGGACCAUCCACCUGAUCGCCCUGUGGAAAUGCACAUUCAGGUUCCUAAGAUGCCCCUGGGUGACCCCUGGCAAUAAAAGGUCAUAACAAAGGCAGUAGAGACAUAUAGAAGCAAAACUGGACUCAAGGCUUCUUUUCUGCCUCCUAACCUUCAUAAAACUUCAACCAGCGGUACGUAGUACGUAGAGACUCAAGCGAAGUAAACUAUGAGACCUCCACAGGAUUUUAUUUGUUAAUUGAACUGACCAAACUUUUAUUGACUGUGUGACUAAUGCGGCCAGUAUCCUGGGAGUCCUGGAGAUGAAGACAAAGAGCACAAAUUCCCCACCUCUUCUCCUUCUUCUUUUGUAGGACCAGGGAAGCUACUUCACCUUUACAGGGUGAAAGUUGAUCACUCCUCGCUUUUUAGCCAUGCACUGCUCUAGCACGAGUAAGUGUGCAUGUGUGAGUGUGCAUGUGUGAGUGUGUGUGGUGCAGGUGCACAUAUGCUUUCUAUUUAUUUGAUAGUGACAACACUACAUAUUAAUAAAAAAAAAAAAAUCAUGUGACUGUGCCAGACUACAGUAAUCCGACAGUACUGUCUCCCUGUCUUAGUCUGCCCCCAUGUGGUCAGUGUAAUGUACGACAUUUUCUUUCAAUUAACACACAUUACUGACCUCAGCUGUGUUGCCUUGCAUACACCAAGUGACUAAGUAGCUUGCUUUUAUUUUACUGUGAUUACAUUUUAGUCACGCAUGGCGAAUCUUGUUGUUUAAUGUUUUUAUUUCUGUUAACAUCGGCUGCAUUGCAAAUUAGUGUUAUGUCAUGGCAUUGUGUAAUGACAAGCAAGAAUACUUUCAUUUGAUUGUCUUUUGUUAAUAAUCUGGUUAGACUUGCACUAGAACAAUUGCAUUUUACUACUGAAAGGUGUGGGAUCUCUAGGCAUUAAAGGUACCUAUGUGUGUUUAAAGCUAAUUCACUGGAGGAGUGGAUUAGCUCCACUGGAACACUGGAAUGACAAUGCAUAUAGAUUUCUAUUUUACAUACUGACAUAAUGGCAGUUGUAUCAUCAAAAGCCUGAGAAUGUGACCUCUGUAUCAGAAUAAUGUCUGCAUUUACCUGCUGUUUCACAAGUAUAGACUAAUACACAAAUCUGGUCCAAAGGUACUGAGAUCAGAGGUGGAACUUCACUCUUCACCAAAUUUAAAGGAUUAGAUCCUCUGAAACCAGAGUGCCAGUUUCGUGACUUGUUGAGAGACUUUGCUUGCCCACUCCUGUUCCUCUUUUUUUUUUUUUAACAUGUUGUUUACAGCAUUAGCUGCUCUGUUUUACUGUAACCUCGGAACACUAAUGAAUAUUUAUUAUGAUUCUAUUAUAUUUUUUAUGUUUAUUUGAUUUGUUAUGCUAUAUUUGAGUAGCGGUAAAUAGGUAGUGAAUACUGUGAGCUGUCUCUGUUUCUAAAACUGAAAUGAAUUCAGCAAUAAGGUAUUAAUCAUCUCAUCUUACCGGGCAUUAUGUUCGGAGUGACAACAGCACUUUCUCUGUAGUUUUGCUGUCGAUGAAUGUGUAGCAUGACUGUUUUCAUUCCAAUAAAAAUGUGCAAGAGUUUUUAAA